CUUUAAACUUCUCACCUCAUAUCAAACACCAGAAGGACAGAUCUGCAUUUGAAAAUGUCAGGAAUUAUUCACAAAAUUGAAGAGACUCUCCACAUGGGAGGCCACAAAGACGAGCACAAAGGAGAGCACCACAAAGAUGAUCAUCACCACAAGAAGGAUGAGCAUAAAGGUGAGCAUCACAAGCACGAGGGCGAACACAAGGAAGGUAUGAUCGACAAGAUCAAGGACAAAAUCCAUGGCGAUGGUCACAAAGAAGGAGAGAAAAAGGAGAAGAAGAAGAAGGAAAAGAAGAAGCAUGAGGACGGCCAUAAACAUGGUCAUAGCAGCAGCAGUGAUAGCGAUAGCGAUUAAUUAAUGAAUGGUGAUCCUCUCAUUAUAUACCUAAUUAUCUAGGUGUACUGAAGUUUUUCUGUUCGUGCCCUAUCUACAGAAAUGGAGGAAAAAGUAAUAAAAAAAAAAAAGAAAGAAAAAAAAGGGCAAAGUUGUCUUUAUGAAGUUUGAUAUUUUGGUUAAUAGUUGUGAUGUGUGCUAUCCUUGUAGGCAGGGAGUGAAUGUAAAUCCAAAUAUUAUGCUGUAAUAAUAAGGAUUAUUUAACAAUAAAAGCUUUAACUGCUUUCUAUUA